AUGGCCGGCUCUAAAAGGUCUUUGGAAGGGCACAUUGUCAACCACAACUCGAAUCCUAGUGUCCUAGGCACAGCCGACUCCGCCGCCAGCAUGGCUGAUGAUAAUACAGCAUCCGCGUUCCAGUCUGUCUUUGAGAACUUUCGCAGCGAGCUAGAUCAACAUCACGAUCGGCGAGAAAGAGUUAUCAAGGCGUCUCGGGAUAUCACUGCAUUGAGCAAGAAGAUUAUCUUCGCACUACAACGUCUACGAGCAGUCAACACGCAAAUACCGCCAUCCAUCGCGAAAGAAAACAAAACGCGUCUGGACCAAAUCCUAGAUCUCUUCCGAUCCAUCGUCCCGGAUAUCACGGGGAUAAACGCUUGGCGAUACCAACGUCAGAUCUCGGGGGGAAUCCAAGAGUAUAUCGAAGCUGUAUCAUUUCAGCACUACAUCGAAACGCAGCGAUUGAUUACGGUGGAUGAAAUCACUUCUCAGCUGCCGGCAGGAGUCAUGGUUACCGAGGAGGACUAUCUAAUGGGCGUGUUUGAUCUGACAGGGGAGAUGAUGCGAUUCGCCGUGACGACUCUGUCGACGGGCGGGCAGAUUAAGAAAGAGGAGGAAAAGGAGGAAAAGGAGGAAAAGAUGGACACAUCCGAUGAUGCAACCAACAGAGGCGACGACGCCGUGAAAUCCGUCCCGACUCUACCGGCGAGUAAAGCGGGGAUCGUGGUUGAUCUGAGAUAUAUGCGUGCCAUGCUGGAGAAUCUAAAUGUUCCGCGACGACAUAGAAGCCACAUGAUGCGUGACAUGCACAAGAAGCUUGGGGUCAUGCAGAACAGUGUGGAAAAGGUCGAACGCGCGGCGUACGGUAUACUGGUCCGAGGCAGUGAGCGGCCGAGUGGAUGGACUCCGGAUCUGUCCACGGCAGCAGGCGCAGGCGCGGCCAGUGUUGAGGUUGAGAGUUAUUAA